AUUAUUAUUGUGAUAUUAUCUGAAAAAUAUUAUUGUGAAUAUUCUUCAAAGAUUAUUUUUGUGACUAUUCUCCUCCGAAGUGUUCCGGAUGGCCUUGACUGAUCCCUAUCGCCAUCCCCACCACCACCAUCAUUGUUGAUAUUCUCCAUCUGUAUCUGGGUCACCUUUGUCCCAGUUUUUCUUCAUACCAACAUCUACCCAUAUAUAUAUUGAGAUCGAACUAUCGAUUGAGACAUUCCCGGAGUGGACCAGGGCCAUGAAAGCCAUGCUGCUCCUACGCCGGUUCCGCGUCCUGAUCUUCCUGGUCUUCCUGGUGGCCUGCACGCUCCACAUCAUGAUUGACCUUCUGCCCAAACUGGAGCGGAGGGCGGCGGGCCCUGGAGAACGAGCCGAAGGCGGAGGGGGCAACCCAGGAUGCUCCUGUGGCUCCAAGGCCGUGGAAGGGGCUCUGGAGUGGGGUCAAGGGCCACCCCAGAAGCGUCCACCGGAGCCUGACCCCCCUCCCGGAGCCCCCGACGGCUGGCCCAGCAAACACACGCUGAGGCUCCUGCAGGACUUCAGCAGCGAGCCCAGCUCCAACUUGAGCGCCCCUUCCUUGGAGAAGAAAGGGCCCGAGCGUGGUGACGGCUUCCAGAGGCGGGCCCCACCGCCUCCCCCCAACCGCUUGCUCUUGAACCCGGGGCCGGACCCCAACCACAAGGCACUCAUUCACGAAGGGGAUCCCAAGAGGCUGCUGCCCCCACCGGGUUUCUAUGGGACCGGUGAGGAAGGCGGCAAGAAGGCACCUUCUCCUCCUCCUCAUUCCUCAUCAUCAUCAUCUCCUUGGGCUUCCAAGCUGGCGGCCCUCUUCCAGCAUCCGCUUUACCAGAUGCCCGUCCCGGCCUUAGGCGACCGAGACGUCUUGUUCAGCGUCAAUAGCGACAUCCGCUUCAACCCCAAGGCUGCCGAGAAUCCUGAAUGGCAGAACGAAGGCAACGAAGACGAAGAAUUCCUUCCCACCGGAGAAACAUCGAUUGAUUCCUAUCCAAACUGGCUCAAGUUCCACAUUGGCAUCAACCGAUACGAACUGUAUUCCCGGCACAACCCGGCCGUUGCCGCCUUGCUUCACGAUCUGGCCUCCCAGAAAAUCACAAGUGUCGCGAUGAAAUCGGGAGGCACCCAGCUCAAGCUGAUCAUGACAUUCCAGAACUACGGACAAGCCUUAUUUAAGCCAAUGAAACAAACGAGAGAACAGGAAACUCCGCCAGACUUUUUUUAUUUCUCCGACUAUGAAAGACAUAAUGCUGAAAUCGCAGCGUUUCACCUGGACAGAAUCCUGGACUUUCGCCGAGUGCCACCUGUUGCGGGCAGAUUGGUUAACAUGACCAGAGAAAUCAGGGAUGUUACUCGUGACAAGAAAUUAUGGCGGACGUUUUUCAUCUCCCCAGCCAACAACAUCUGCUUCUAUGGCGAGUGCUCUUACUACUGCUCGACGGAGCACGCUCUGUGUGGGAAGCCAGACCAGAUUGAAGGCUCUCUCGCUGCCUUCCUGCCAGACCUCUCCUUGGCCAAAAGGAAGACUUGGAGGAAUCCGUGGAGACGCUCCUACCACAAACGCAAGAAAGCAGAGUGGGAAGUUGAUCCAGAUUACUGUGAAGAAGUGAAGCAAACGCCUCCCUACGACCGAGGGACCCGGAUCUUGGACAUCAUGGAUAUGACCAUCUUUGACUUCCUCAUGGGCAACAUGGACCGGCAUCACUACGAAACUUUUGAGAAAUUUGGGAAUGAAACCUUUAUUAUCCACUUAGACAAUGGAAGGGGGUUUGGAAAAUACUCCCACGACGAGCUUUCUAUCUUGGUGCCUUUGAAUCAGUGCUGCAGAAUACGGAAGUCGACUUACCUGCGCCUCCAGCUCCUGGCCAAGGAAGAGUACAAGCUGAGCCACCUGAUGGAAGAGUCUUUGCUGAAGGACAAAAUUGCUCCCAUUUUGUACCAGUUGCACCUGGAAGCCAUGGACCGGAGGCUUCGGAUAGUCCUCAAGGCCGUCCGGGACUGUAUAGAAAAGGACGGCCAGAGCAACGUGGUGGAAAACGACGUUGUCUCCGACACGGACACGAUUACGACCAAGAGGUAGUGAAAUCGCGAGACAGUCCCGGCUUCCUUUUAUUCGCUCUCUCCAAGAAGAAGAAGAAGAAGGAAACCAAGAAGAGAAGAAAACAUCCCACACACAAGAAACAGUCUUGCGAAGGACUGUGUGUAUGCCACGUUGUGAAUUCAGUGAAUUCAGAAAUUGCAAUCAUCAUCGUUCUCCAAGUAGUUUAAGGUGUAGACUCUUGAGAAGAAUAUCGGCUGCGGAGAAGCAGCUCGUGUCACCGGCGGGACGGACAAACAGACGGUGGUGGCUCUCGGUGACUUUUGGUGGAGGUGACCGUCCUGCUUCCCUUCGUCUCUAACUUAUUUCUUCCCUUGGCCCAUCGAAGGCAUUGGAUGACCCUUCAUGGGAGGUGGAGCUUCUGGUAAGCCCUACCUGCCUCGUGGUUGUGCAUUCCUCACCACGUUCUGCAGAACCGUGGGUGUGUUUGCACGCACGCAGUGGGAGGAAGCGCUCGCUUACGAGCCAUACUGGAUAAGGCUUGCGGGGGGAAAUCAAGGGAGAUAACGGCACGGCGAGCAGGAUUAUCUCUCUGUGUGCAAACCAAGAAGGAACACGUGGUGGUCGCUCUCCAAGUCCCCAAAGAGGAUGGGAAAGGUCUCUGGGAUGAUGUGACGCUCGCCUGCCGGCAAAACGGCUCCUCUCCUUUUCUCCUUUCGUUUGUACAGAAAGCAGAUCUUUAUUUAAUAUUUUGUAUUUAUAUAGAGGGGGUGGUUGUGGACUUUUCCAAAAAAAUGCAAACCUACCUACCAAAUUUUAUUUGAGAGAGAGGAAUCAGGUUAGCGUUCAUUGCUCGCAAGGUAAAUAAAGGCUGGCAUUGAGCUAAAGCACACUGGUCAGAGCAGGCAUCGUCCAACUUGGGUCCUCCUUCAAGGUGUUUUGGACUUCAGCUCCCAUAAUUCCCGGCCUCAGGCCCUUUCCUUAGUUGCCCAGACUAGUUUGAAGAUGUUCCCAAUUGUGACCCUCCCUCCAAGUGUUUUGGACUUCAGCUCCCACAAUUCCUGGCCUCAGGCCCUUUCCUUAAUUGCCCAAACUAGUUUGAAGAUGUUCCCAAUUGUGGCCCUCCCUCCAAGUGUUUUGGGCUUCAGCUCCCACAAUUCCUGGCCUCAGGCCCUUUCCUUAGUUACCCAGACUAGUUUGAAGAUGUCCCCA